AUGAAUCCUCAGCUACAAAACCUCUACUCAAAGAAUGUUCUGAGUAAAGAUGAUUCCUUUCGUUUGAUUUCUCUCCAACCAGGACCUUCUCAUACGCCGCUUGCCCUUUGUCUUCUGAACACCAACCUCAGCAACAUCCAGCCUUAUGAUGCCGUUUCCUAUGUUUGGGGCGACAUGAAGGACCCUAUUUCAAUUAGUGUCCAGGAUGCCGAUGAGUCCCAGACUCAUGUACGCAUCUCGCGCAACUGCCACGCUGCACUGAGUAGUUUACGUGAUCCCCAUGUAUCUCGGCUCCUUUGGAUUGACUCCAUUUGCAUUGAUCAAGAUUCCCCCGCCGAGAAAAAUCACCAAAUCGGUCUCAUGGGUCUUAUCUACCAGAAUGCCUCAAAGGUCAUGGUGUAUCUUGGACAAGGCUCGCCCGAAAGCGAUGCAGCCAUGAGAUGCCUCUGCGAACUUGAUGAACCGUCCAACGACAACAGUCUUGCUGCCGUGGGGGCUUCGGCUGUUCUUCAGGAGAACCGAGUUGCAGUAGACAAUUUGUUCAAGAGACCAUGGUUUUUUCGAGUUUGGGUGCUUCAAGAGAUCACGUUUGCACAAACAGCUACUGUUAUCUGCGGCGACUACCAACUGGAUUGGGAAAGCUUCAAGACGUUCUACCAUUGGAAUGUAAAUGCAGGAUGGAUUGAGAGACUCCCAUUCUCGAUCAACUACGCCGUGUCGCCAAGCCCAUUCGUUUCUUACGUUACCUAUGGUGAGCGCCUUUUGAAAAUCUUGGUAGACACAAGAUCCUGCGGCGCAACCGACCCAAGAGACAAACUGUAUGCCAUCAUUCCUCUUCUAGAUCGAGACCAUGAAAAGAUGCAGGAAGAGAACGAAGAACAGAAGGAAAGAUGGCAAUAUAAUGAGGAAGAACUGCGGCAAUUAAGCAUCCGACAACGCCGCCUAAGUAUCCAAGUCAACUACAACGACUCUGUAUCACGGGUGUAUACUGAACUUGCCAUAUUGCUAAUGGGUUCGAUCGGCCUUGAUGUUCUUUCAUACGUUGUCAAAGAAUCGGCCAUGCCUGGAUUGCCAACAUGGGUCCCAGACUGGACAGUUCUUUCUCCCUACUGGAGUGCUACUCAGAAGGUCACCAGAGGCAGAUACAAACCAUUUGCAGGGUUUCCAAAGGGGCCGUCUCAACACAUCUGGGGUUGGCGAAUGUUGUAUCCCCAUCUCAUCGACACGUGGACGAUUUCCAAUUAUCCAACGGCUAGCGGCGAGUCAUCUAAACAGCUUCAUAUCCAAGCGGUCAGCCUCGGCAGGAUUGAGAAGCUAGGUGAUGUAUGUGAUCUUGCAAAUAAUUACUUCCCAACUGGACAGUGGGCAAGUCUCGUACCAGACGAAUCGUAUCUCAAGAAUCCCGAAAUGCCCGAAGAUUUACCUACGGAGGAGACUCAUGAAUGGGACAGCGGCCCAAGAUCUUUAUCUCUGUUUGCCAGGACUCUGACGUUUGAUACCGUGGUUUAUCCCAAGGUUGCCAAAGACGCUAUAACUUAUAUAAGAAGAUAUAACGGCGAGAUUAUUAAUGACGCCGACAGUCCAUGGGGUUAUUUUGGAGAUCCAAAUGCCAGCAAUGGCGAAAGGAUGCCGCUAAUAGAGAUUUUCCAAGGUCCAGGGAGCUUUGAGAGACAAGUCAUGCAGAUCCUCAAGCGUUGCGAUGGGAAAAGACUGUGCAUUCUCGACACGGGACGAAUUGGCCUUUUGCAUGACAAUGUCCAGGUGGGUGAUGAGGUUUUUGUUGUUGAAGGGGCAAGCACACCUUUUGUGCUCAGAGAGGCGACAAAAGAUGUUGUGGAAACUGAAUCGCCAGAAAGAAUACUCAACUUGGUGGGUGAUGGGUUUGUUCUUGGUGUUAUGAAUGGUGAGAUUUGGGAUCUUGUAGAUAAUGGCGAUGUAUACAGAGAAAAACUCAUAAUAAGGUGA